AUCAAUAAAGGUCUUGAAUCGAGGCUAGUGCAGAGUGUACAAACUAAUUUGCUAGAAACUAGAGAAGGCCAGCUAGCUGCAGGAUGAAGCUCAUCUGCUUGUUUACACUUAGUUUACUGAUAUUGUGUCAUGCCAAACCUUUCAAAGUGGAGUGGUCAACACUACUGAAGGCCUCGGUCAAUACUAAACCACUUGAUCCACCAGAUAUAACCAACUGCACUAAGCCAACAGAUGAAGGAGAGAUCAACUCUGUGACCUUCGACCCAGCUGAGCCCAAGGCAGGGGACACCGUCACCAUCGAAGCCUCAUUCUUUCUUAAGGAAAAUGUCACCAAAGGUACUAUUACCGUGAGUGCUGAUUUUGAUGGUCAACAGCUGUACAGUGGUGACCUUAAUCUGUGCGAUGUGGCUAAGGAGGUUGGUCUACCCUGUCCACUUCUGUAUGGAGCGCAUAAUUUUAAAGUAGAACUGCCACUUCCUUCCCUCACUCCAACAGGCACCUACUCUGGUAAGGGGGUCAUUACUGACCAGAACGAUAAAGAGGUCGCCUGUGGAGAGGGAACGUACAAACUAUAGAGUGAUUCCAUGAACUUGGCUGUUGUUUUUAUAGACUUCUUAUAAUGAUUACGGUAGCUACACCCAUUCAUGCUGAAAUAAUGUUAAGAAUAAUGUUAGACGAUUUUAA